ACGACAAUGUGGCCAGGACGGGAAAUUUGAGGACGAGGAAGAUGAGGGAAGAUGUCUGAGAGCCGAGCCGCGGCGGGAAACGAGAUGCCGGCGAAAAAGCAGAAACUUAGCAGCGACGAGAACAGUAACCCCGAUCUUUCAGGGGACGAAAACGAUGAUGCGGUCAGUAUAGAGAGCGGGACCAACACUGAGCGCCCAGACACCCCCACCAACACCCCCAAUGCCCCUGGAAGGAAGAGCUGGGGAAAGGGCAAGUGGAAGUCAAAGAAAUGUAAAUACUCCUUCAAGUGCGUCAACAGCCUCAAAGAGGACCAUGGGCAGCCUCUAUUUGGUGUGCAGUUCAACUGGCACAGUAAGGAAGGGGACCCACUGGUGUUUGCCACGGUGGGAAGUAAUAGGGUUACAUUAUACGAGUGCCAUUCCCAGGGUGAGAUCCGCUUACUGCAGUCGUAUGUGGAUGCUGAUACAGAUGAGAAUUUCUACACCUGCGCCUGGACCUUUGACAGCAGCACCAGCCACCCCCUGCUGGCUGUGGCAGGAUCUCGGGGCAUCAUCCGCAUAAUUAACCACAUCUCCAUGCAGUGCAUUAAGCAUUAUGUAGGACACGGAAAUGCAAUUAACGAGCUGAAAUUUCACCCUCGAGAUCCGAACCUCCUGCUCUCUGUAAGCAAAGAUCAUGCUGUGAGGCUGUGGAAUAUUCAGACUGACACUUUAGUUGCAAUAUUUGGAGGCGUGGAGGGGCAUCGAGAUGAGGUCCUCAGUGCAGACUUUGAUCUCCUCGGCGAGAAGAUCAUGUCUUGUGGCAUGGACCACUCUCUCAAACUGUGGAGAAUCAACUCUGAGAGGAUGCAGAAAGCCAUUAAGGGUUCAUAUGAAUAUAACCCCAGUAAAACCAAUAGGCCAUUUGUUUCCCAGAAGAUCCAUUUUCCUGAUUUCUCUACAAGAGAUAUCCACAGAAACUAUGUUGACUGUGUACGGUGGCUUGGAGAUUUAAUACUUUCUAAGUCUUGUGAAAACGCCAUAGUGUGCUGGAAACCAGGGAAAAUGGAAGAUGACAUAGAUCGGAUCAAACCCAAUGAGUCCAACGUGACAAUCCUGGGCAGGUUUGACUACAGUCAGUGUGAUAUCUGGUACAUGCGCUUCUCCAUGGACUUCUGGCAGAAGAUGCUGGCCUUGGGCAAUCAAGCUGGGAAGCUGUAUGUUUGGGACUUGGAGGUGGAGGACCCUCAUAAAGCAAAGUGUACCACCUUGACCUAUCCAAAAUGCACCUCAGCCAUACGCCAGACCAGCUUCAGCCGCGACAGCAGCAUCCUGAUUGCUGUGUGUGAUGAUGCGUCCAUCUGGCGCUGGGACCGGCUGCGGUGAUUGGCUGCUGCUCGUUGGUGUAUUACAGAGACUGCUAGUUGUUUUCACGCUUCUGAUAGAUUACCGACAAUGUAUUUUAACAACUUGGGCCCCUUUUUAGCUGUCUGUUUUAGAAAGCAUCAGAUCAGUCACUGUUUUGUGGUCCAUUUAUCCUUGUCCUGUUUCCUGCUUUUGUUCUCUGUUGCUUAAAAUAAAAUUUUAUUUUUUUAA